AACAUAAAAGUAAGUUAUUAAAUAAAUAAAUAAAUAAAUAAACAAAUAAAUAGCUGAGCUGUAUUCUUGGGGAGACCACAAAGAAGAGCAUUACAGUAAUCAAGUCUACAAGUAAUAAAAACAUGUAUUAAUGUAUGAGUUGGCCAGAAAGAGAAACUGUAAUGCUUUGGCAAUGUUUUUCAGAUCAUAAAAAUAAGUUUUGAUGCAUUUUUUUAUGUGUGCUUCAAAGUUCAAAUCCACGUAUAAAAUGACACCAAGGUUGUUUGGUGACUUGUUUGGCCAGAUUUAGCGCCAACACAAAGUUUCUCUGUGGCUUUCAGGGCCAAUAACUAACACCUCGGUUUUGUCCUAAUUGAGCUGGUUUUGCCCAAUCCAUAGUUUGUUUAAAAUGGCAUCAAUUGUCUCUGUGUCAUCAGGAGACGCGGCAAUGUCAAUCUAAGUGUCCUCGGCAUAGCUAUGGGAAUGUUAUGUUAUGCCUUACCGAGAAGUAACCGGUAGAUAUGAAAAAGGAUGGACCUAAAUUUGAACCUUGGGGAACAGUUCGGCAUUGCUCGAUUUGAUUCCUGUGUUGGACGUCAUGCUCAUGACCCUUCCAUUGACGACACUCGGUGUCAAUGUAAUAUUUAGUAUCGACUCAACUCGCUUGGAACCUCAUCAGAACAGGUGAUAAAAAGUGCCAAAAAAAAGUACCUGUUGUGGUACUAUCACUGGUGGAAAAGCAAAAAGCCUAAUUACUAUGACCUUUUAGUUAUUUAUUGUAGCGGAAAUAGGCUUAGAUAUAGGAUUAUGAGCCUAUGUGUUGUUUUUUGUAAUCUGGCAGUAAGGGGGAGCUAGUGAGUGACAUGUGUAUAGAUUGUGACAGAAGCGUCCAUGAAGAAGAGGCUACUCGCUGCUCAACGAGACUUCUAGCAUGUGUACCGCGCGCAAGUUCGUGGGAAAAUUUAGCGGACAGCGGUUGAAAACCGUCUCUGUCAAACUAAUUAUGUUCCAUCGCAGAUUCAAAUUGUAAAAACUGCGUUGCGUAUGGGAAAUAAUAUUGUAGCAAGACUGAGCAACCUGCUAAAACGUCCUGUACGACUCGGACCGGAAGUUACCUCACUUUCCAGAGACUACGUCACGGCCAGGUAGAGAAGUGAAACCUCUGUCGUCCAGGAUGGAAAACUCGUUCGACAGUUGAAGGUGUAGAGGUGGAUGUGUACGGCUGAGGUAUUUCCCCACCAUGGUCAUCCUUUCAAGCAGCAGUCCACAAUUAUCUCCGUGGAGCGUCUCUGGUGAGGAACUCAUCACCACCAGAGGGAGACUCGUACCUUCCUACAUGAUAAAGCACCUGUAGCACCCAAAAAUGAAUCAAAUUAUUUAUCAUUGGCCUCAUUGCAAAUGGAUGGGGAAUGAAAUCCUUGCCACGGAAAUGGAAGAAACUGGGAAACAUCAAUGUGUUUGUUUUUAACCUUGGACUUGCAAAUAUUUUGUAUCUGCCCACGCUUCCAUUUUUGGUGAAUUAUUACUUUCGAAGGAGUGAAUGGAUCUUUGGAGCUACUUUCUGCAAGAUAACAAGAUUCUGCUUCAACCUGAAUUUAUAUGGCACCAUCGAGUUCCUUACUUGUAUCAGUGUGUACAGGUACCUGGCUAUUGUUCAUCCUUUGAAAGUAUUGGGAAGAAUAACUGUCAAGCAUUCGGUCGCUGUCUCAGUCCUGGUUUGGCUGUUGGUGGGUGUCCAAAGUCUUCCAGACAUGUUCUACUCCAAAACCAAAAAGGGCCAAAACAAAUGCUAUCACACCACUUCUACAUACUAUGUUGAGGAUUAUCUGAAAUACAGCCUUGGAUGGACACUGACUGGAUUUUGUAUCCCAUUCCUCAUCACACUGGGCUGUUACGGACAUGUGAUUGUUGUAGUCUUCCGCAAAAAUACCACUGACAAGAUACUCAAACAAAGAAUCUUAAGGUUUUUGUUCAUCUUGAUUGUCCUUUUCUCAGUUUGUUACAUCCCCUAUCACGUAUUGAAGAAUCUCACCCUCACAUCAAGAGUUCUGCAAAAACAGAGGAUCUGCCAUGGAUGGUCCAAUGGAGUCCACAUUGCUCAUCAGAUAAGUCGAGGCCUUGUGUGUUUGAACAGUGCUCUCAACCCUCUGGUUUACCUGCAUGUCAGUGAGGACAUUCCUGAUCAGUUCAGACGGCUGCUGCAGCGAGUCUCUCACAUGUUCAACUUUUCGCCCGUGGCACAAAAUGCACCCGAAGUUCAAAUUUAGUGAAUAGGUUGGUCAGCUGCUCAAAAUGAGUGAAAUGUUUUCAGUUCAAGUGUUGUUCAUGAGCCUGUUGCCACAUGUUGUCAAAACUCUCAAAUAAGAAGAAAGAAAAUGAGAGAGUCCACAGCUCUUAAAUUGUCACUCUUCAAGCUAGAACAGGUUGUGGGAAUGACAAGAAUGACAUGUUGUUUAAAGUGUUUAAAUGUUAUUUAACACGUAUCCACUCAUGUUCAGUGCAAUACUACUAUGGCUCAUUUACAAACAAUGUUUUUAGUAGUUUCUAGACUUUUUUGUGGUUUAACAUCAAACAUAAAAGCAGAGCUCUGACCCAGUUUCUUUUACAAAGAAUAGAAGAGGAAGUGCAUCAAUUUAGAAGAAGAAAAAAUAAUCUACCGUUGAUGCGUCCUAUUUUAAUUUAAGUGCCACCAAAGCAGAUGUCUUGUUCUCAUGCCAAUGUAACGGAUGCAUACAAGUAAAGCCUGUUAUGCUUAAAUCCAAAUCUCAAACAAACAAACCCCUACCUUUCUUUUAAAUCACGGUACUCUUCUUUGGUCUGGUUAUCAUUGUUAUCAUAUCAUCUGGGUGACUGUUCUAACCCUGCAGAUUUUUUGGAUCUGAUCAAAACCCCAAUUUUGGUUGCUUAACUACUUAGACAAAUUGACCUUUGGAGCCAGAUGUGUGAUAAAUAGAUUUUUCCCUCAAAAUGCCUUUGCAGGACAAUUGUGUGUGCACACACUGUAACUAGAAUAGGGUUUGUCUCACUUGAAUUACAGAGGAAACCUGUAAACUAUGAUAGAUUUUUACAGCUGACUUGGUACAAUCCAAAUUCUCUAAUAACAAAGCUGUUUUUCUUGCACCAUUAGACUUCUUACUUUUAUUUUAUUUUUUUCACUAAUACAUACCCAAGUUGUAAUUAUUCUUCACUCAGCUUUCUUUAAACUUUUCCAGGCAAGAACAA